AUGUCAGCCAGAAAGGGCUAUCUUCAUCUUCCGUCAAAUUAUACCCCAACGAUGACAUGCCCCAACAACCAAGCUGGAAAUUCGUUUUUCGUCGACUCCUUAAUCAACGUGAGAACCGACGGUGGUUCAUAUUACCAAAGUAACGGGGUGUAUUUGCCACCGGCGUCGGAAUAUUCAUAUGGACUCUCCGGCAGCUCGUGUUUCCCGGGGAUCGCUAAGCGCAGCGAGCCAAGCACCCAAAGCGUGGUCCCUUCUCCUGCUCCGUAUGUUCAAGGGAUGGAGACAUGGCUGGAAACGUCGAGAUCCUGCCGGGUGGAUCAGCCCAGCGGCCCGCAUUUGCCUCAGUGUUCAUUCUCACCGAGUGUAAAAGAGGAGAGCGCAUAUUGCCUCUAUGAGUCUGACAAAUGUCCUAAAGGAGCAACAGUAGAUGACAUUUCCUACUCGACCGCAUCCUGCCCGGUCACCGGUAGCACCUUGCCAGUCCCGGGCUACUUCCGCCUGUCUCAGACAUACACGUCCUCCAGGCUUUACCACGACGUCCAGCCAAACACGAAUCACUUUACCCUGCAACGUCCUGCCCGCUUGGACAGCCAGCCCUCCCAGCCCCAGGCUGCCUCUGCUGAGCCGGAGCGUAGGGAGAGCCACGAGGAGGCGCCUGUCCCUGCGUCCUGCGCCCCGGCCGGAGAGGAGGACAGCCGGCUCUCCUCGGAAAGCUCAUCCUCCCCUGAGCCCGCUGAGACAUGCAGUGCGGAAUGUCCAGAAAAGCCCGUCAAAGGUGAAGAAUAGACGCACACUGUAGAGAGACGUGGAGAUGGCAAAACGGAAAGUACGGCUAACUGGCUCACAGCAAAGAGUGGCCGAAAGAAGCGCUGCCCCUACACCAAGCACCAGACUCUGGAGCUGGAGAAGGAGUUUCUCUUCAACAUGUACUUGACAAGGGAGCGUCGUCUGGAGAUCAGCCGCAGUGUGCACCUCACUGACAGGCAAGUCAAAAUCUGGUUCCAAAACAGGAGGAUGAAACUGAAAAAAAUGAGCCGGGAGAAUAGGAUUCGAGAGCUCUCCAGCAACUUCAGUUUCUCAUGAGACUGUCUGCGUCUUUAGCGCCCUCCUCCAUCUAUGGCAAGGGCGCCUGUGCAGAGUCCCCCCCCCCCCCCACCCUCCCCACCCCACCCCCACCCGUCCACCCACCCACCCAACUGUGAGAAUGUCCAUGGAAAAUAGGACCCUACUGCUAACUUAUUGAUUGUUGUUCUUUCUUAUUUUCACGUCAGUUUUAUUUUUGUCGUGGAUGUGUAUUUAUAAAUGGCUUCCAUUCAUUUGUAACGUUGAUCCACUGUGUUUUAAAAUGUUCAGAAUGUGACCACAAUGUUUCAGAGCUUCAGGCUUGUACAUAUUGUAUAUUCAACCUGAGUGAACCAUUGGAAUUUGCAUGCUGGACUUACCCUUGGGAUACUUGUGUUACAGUUACAUGUAGGCCUUUAUGUGACCGCUGAAGAACCCAAGAGGUCUGAUGAAUAUUUGCACAUUUUGCUGGUCAAAUUAAUAAAACCAUCCCUGCA